AUGGAUGAGGACACUGCGGCCAAGCGAUACUGGAAUGUCGUCCGGAACAUCUUCAGUUCAACCGAGGGCGACGACGCGCAGCCGGUGCACGCCGUGCACGCGGUGCCUCGUGGCGUGUGCCCGCCGCGCGAGUCCGUCAAGGCCUCGGAUCUCUUCAUCGCGGCCCUGAAGAACGAGGGCGUGAAAUGGGUUUUCGGCGUGCCGGGCGAGGAGAACCUGGACUUCGUGGAGUCGAUGCGCACGCAGACGGACGUGAAGCUGGUAAUCACGCGCCACGAGCAGGCAGCGGGGUUCAUGGCAUCGACGGUCGGGCGCCUCACUGGCAAGGUGGGCGUGUGCCUGUCGACCCUGGGGCCUGGCGCCACUAACUUCAGCACCUCCGCCGCCUACGCGUACCUGGGCGCCUUCCCCAUGCUGAUGAUCACGGGCCAGAAGCCCAUCCUGAAGAGCAAGCAGGCGUCGUUCCAGAUCGUGGACAUUGUGGAGAUGUCGAAGCCCCUCACCAAAUUCGCAAAGCAGAUUGUGAAUGGUGGCCUGAUUCCCUCUCUAGUAAGAGAGUCCAUCCGGCAGGCUGAAGAGGAGCGGCCAGGGGCAGUACUGCUGGAGCUUCCAGAGGACAUCGCAGGAAUGCAGGUUCACAAGGAAGAGGCAUCGCUCUAUAAAAUCGACAAGGUGCGGCGUCCUGUUGCUGAAGAGAAGGCCAUCACUGCUGCUGUGAAGAUGAUCCGCUUUGCAAAGCACCCACUGCUUGUCAUUGGCUGCGGUGCCAAUCGCAAGCUAACGAGCAACAUGCUGAGGCAGUUCAUUGACCAGACGAAGAUCCCUUUCCUUGACACACAGAUGGGGAAAGGAGUUGUGGAUGAACGACACCCAUCCUAUGUUGGCACUGCAGCCAUCAGCAGCUCUGACUAUGUCCAUGCCUGCAUCAACUAUUCGGACCUCAUCAUUGUGGUGGGCCACGAUGUGGUGGAGAAGCCUCCAUUCUUCAUGCACCAUGAGGACACCACAAAGGUCAUCCACAUAAACUACUUCACUGCACAAGUGGACCAGGUUUACUUCCCACAGCUGGAGGUUGUGGGCGACAUUGGCAAUGCAAUCUGGCAGCUCAAGGAGAAGCUGAAGGAGGAGCCACCACUGCAGUGGGAUUUGAGGUACUUCAACUACGUCCGGGAAGAGUUUGCCAAGAACCUGUUGAUCGGAGUGGAUGACACUUCCUGUCCACUGUCGCCCCCACGCUUUGUCACUGACAUCAGGCGUGCUAUGCCCGAGGAUGGCAUUCUGUGCCUGGACAAUGGGCUGUACAAAGUCUGGUUCGCCAGGAACUACAAGGCCUACCAGCCCAACACGCUGCUGUUGGACAAUGCCCUUGCCACUAUGGGGGCGGGCCUGCCUUCAGCCAUUGCUGCCAAGAUGGUGCACCCUGAGAGGACAGUCGUGGCUGUUGCUGGUGACGGUGGAUUCAUGAUGAACUCGCAGGACAUGGCGACUGCUGUGAUGCUGGACUUGCACAUCGUAGUGAUCGUUUUGAAUGACAAUGCUUACGGCAUGAUCAAGUGGAAGCAGGCGGGAAUGGAGUUCGGUGACUUCGGGCUGGACCUCCAGAAUCCCGACUUCGUGAAGUAUGCUCAGUCCUAUGGUGCCCAUGGAUACAAGAUCAGGUCCUGCGAGGAGUUCAGCACGUGCCUGCAGCAUUGCAUAACGACCCACGGUGUGCAUCUUAUUGAGCUGCCGAUCACCUAUGCCAUCAGUGACAUGCUCCAGGUGGCCAACUUGAAAACACACCUGAAGGAGAACUUGAAGACGCCAGAGGAGUACCUGGCGACUGCCCCACCCAUCUCUGCAUCUGCUGAACCUGCCGAUGCUAAGCCCAGAGCCUUCACGGAAGAGGAAGAUCCCAACUGCCAGGAAUAUCCAUUCUACAUUGGCAACAGGCCGGAGAAGCCCAACACCGACCUCAAGGUGGCGGACAAGUACACAGGCAAGAUUGCAUACAGGGUGGCAUUGGCACAUGUCAACGACAUCGAGCGGGCCAUUGAGCUGGCGGUGCAGGCGUUCCCCAAAAUAGCAGCCCUGUCAUCCUGGCAAAGGAAAGAGAUCCUUGAGCACUGCGUUAAUGCUUUCAAAGCCCGUUUUGAUGAUCUGGCACGGGCCCUGUGCAUUGAAGCUGGCAAGCCCAUCAAAGACUCCAGGGGCGAGGUCACCAGGCUGAUUGACACUUUCACCAUUGCUGCUGAAGAAUCGACCAGGAUAUAUGGCGAAUGGGCUCCCAUGGAUAUAGCCAAGAGGACUGAUGGCUUCAUGUCCAUCACAAAAGGGUUCCCAAUCGGUCCAAUCUCCAUGAUUUCACCCUUCAACUUCCCCCUGAACCUAGCAGCCCACAAGAUUGCUCCAGCACUUGCGGUCGGGUGCCCAUUUGUGCUGAAGCCCGCUUCCAGGACUCCAAUUGGUGCCCUGAUCAUCGGAGAGAUCCUCUCCAAUGCUCCGCACCUGCCUGAGGGGUCCUUCUCAAUCCUGCCAUGCUCAAGGGAUGGCGCUGACCUGUUCACGGUGGACGAGCGUUUCAAAGUCCUUUCAUUCACGGGAUCCCCCUCAGUGGGUUGGCCAAUGAAGGCGAGGGCAGGGAAGAAGCGUGUCGUCCUGGAGCUGGGUGGCAAUGCUGCGUGCAUCGUUGAGGACGUUCGAAAGCCAGAGGACAUCGACGUAAUCGUGGAGAAGGUCAUCCACGGGGCGUUCUACCAGAGCGGCCAGUCGUGCAUCAGCGUCCAGAGGCUGUUGGUCCGACAGGACUUGUACGAGGGCCUCAAGGAAAAGUUGGUCGCCAAGGUUUCUUGCUUGAAGAAGGGCGACCCUCACGACGAGGACACGUUCAUUGGCCCGCUGAUUGCAGUCUCCGAGGCGGGCCGGAUCCAGCAGUGGGUUGAUGAGGCCGUGUCUGCGGGCGCAAACCUGCUGUGCGGUGGACAGCGUGACGGGGCUCUGUACGAUGCCACGAUUCUUGAGAACGUCCCUGGGAACUGUUCAGCGUACAACGACGAGGCGUUCGGACCACUUCUGUGCAUCGAGAGCUACACGCACUUCAAGGGUGCCGUUGCCCGCGUGAAUGACUCCGUCUUCGGACUGCAAGCGGGCGUGUUCACGCAUGACAUGGACAAGGCGUUUUAUGCGUUUGAGCAGCUGGAGGUGGGCGGCGUGGUCAUUGGCAAUGUGCCCAGCAUCCGUGUGGACGCCCAGUCGUAUGGCGGCGUGAAAGACAGUGGCUUUGGGCGAGAGGGCGUUCGAUACGCCAUGAAGGACUACAUGGAGGAGAGGGUGAUGAUGAUGGUGAAUGUUGGGAAGGAAAUGUGA